AUGCGGUCAUUUGUUCUCUCUAUUUGGUGCGUCCUGUCGACGGUGGAGGCUGUCGUUGGUGCUCCUGGUCCUGCAUUCCCAGCUCUCAACCUGGGAAGAGGAUCGCCCGGCAUCGAAAAGCUCCAAACCAGACUUGACCAGGCCGUCGGCGAUGUCUUGAGUCAUGGGAAGGUCCCUGGUGGCUCCUGGGAUUCCAGCACAACUUCGUUCGCACUGCAGGUGACUUCUGCUACAGAGACUAUUUGGUCUUCGUAUCACUCUGCCAGCAAGCAGGGCUCUGAUACGCCUCAUGUCGUUACAGGCGACUCAUUCUUUCGGAUCGCCAGCAUCUCGAAGACAUUCACCGUCUACGCCCUUUUGCUGGAACAGCUGAAUCUCGAUGAGCCCGUCACAAAAUGGCUUCCAGAGCUGAAAGUCCCACAGACAGAAGAUGAUGUCGCAAUAGAUUGGAAUUCAAUAUCACUCAGGGCAUUAGCAAGCCACCAGGCUGGAAUCUAUCGAGACUCUAGUGGACCUUGCUUUCUAUGGCGAGAAGUUCUUGGACUACAACCCAACUGGCGUGACGAGCUCGAGCAGCACGGGUUUCCGCGGUCGCUGGUAACCAUACGGCUAGAUCUACUGCGGACUGCGCGACAUGCUGCACGAGUCUUCCUCCCAAAUACUCAAGCCACCUAUUCGAAUGCCGGUUUCUCUCUACUGGGUGCUGUGUUAGAGUCAGCUGGCGGCAAGCCCUAUAAUGCGAUCAUCAAUUCGUCGAUCCUCCAGCCGCUCCAAAUGCAAAAGACGACGGCACGGAAGCCAGAUGAUAGCGAAGGCGUCAUUCCAGCAUAUCACAAUGACUGGUACAAGCCUUUCGAUGCUGAUACAGCGACGGCCGGUCUAUACAGCACUCCCAAUGACCUAGCCAUCUACUUGCGGUCAAUGCUGUACCCAGCGACUCUGUUACCGCAAGCACGUCUCAAUGCGUGGAUGAAGCCUGCCACUUGGACCAGCUCUGGCUCUACCACAGCAUACGGACUUUCUUGGGAAAUUUAUCGCACCACAUCUCUUACUCCUGACCAGCGACCGAUCGACCUUGUUACCAAAGGAGGGUUGCUCAACGGCUAUCCUUCCCUCAUCGUCUUAAUACCAGAAUUUCAACUUGCACUGGUUAUUCUUAUCGCUGGUGCUCCGGAAGUGCUCGACCUCCUUCGACGGAGCAUCAUAGCUGCCCUUGUUCCCGUUGCUGACGAGCUCCUCCGUGAAGAAGCAUCUAAAAGAUAUACGGGAUGUUAUACGCUACCGGCAAGCAUGGACGACACAACCGCUUCUAAGAGCAGCGCCAGCAGUAUCGAACUUGCAGUCGACAACCAAGGACCUGGUCUACGCAUAACUUCUUGGAUUUCUCUAGGGACAGACUUCUUGACCACAUACGCUCGGCUACAAGGGGCGCCUGCGUCUAAGCGUCCAGACGGCUGGCAGGUGAGAUUGCUACCGAGUGAUCCAGUCAUGUCAACUUCCACAACUGAGAUCUGGCGGGCCGUGCUGUUGCCGUCGCCGUUGCCGGAACAUGACCAAAAGCAGGCCCCUGUAUUAUGGGAUGACUACUAUGCGACCGAUGUCGACGACCUCUCGUAUGCCGGCAGAUCACUGGGCGAGUUCCGCAUUACAAUCAACGAGAAGGGACAGGCUGUGAAGAUCUACUCUGUUGGACUUCGAACUUUGCUGCUCUCAUCGCAGUGUAACCCGGCAGAACAUGUCCAUGCGGACACAGGAAAGGAAAAGGCAUCGUGGAAGUCUGAGCUAUGA